AAAGCUAAAAGUAUUAUUUAUUAUUAUGUUACAAAAUAAAUCAUUGUUGAAACAUAAUAUAAGUGAUGCUACACGCGGACUGUCGUGUGACGACGACCGUGUGAAUGUAGAAAGUUGAUACCGCGCGCCUCGUCCGUGAGUCCGUGACCACCGAUGAACGGUACCGCCUGUCGUCGCUGGUCGCGGGCCACUCCGCCCGCGACCGUCGCCGCCAUGGGUCGCUCGCUCGCGUCGCUCCGCGGGGCCUCGCGCCCGUUCUCCGCGCCCCUCAGCCGCGCGGCCGCCACGGGCUGCCCCUUCUCGAGACGUCAGAGGUCCCAGGUGGCUCCGAGCGCCGCUCUCACGGAUGAAGCUUUCGCGAACGCCAAGCCCUACUCGGAAGUGCCCGGACCGAAACCCAUCCCGAUUCUGGGAAAUACCUGGCGAAUGGUCCCGGUUAUAGGACAAUUCGAUAUAUCUGAAUUCGCCAAAGUCACGAGGACUUUCCUGGAAAGAUACGGAAAAAUUACUCGGCUCGGCGGUUUAAUCGGGAGGCCCGAUCUCCUGUUCGUUUAUGAUGCUGAUGAAAUCGAGAGGAUGUACAGGCGGGAAGGUCCCACGCCCUUCAGACCGGCGAUGCCGUGCCUCGUCAAGUAUAAGUCGGAGGUGCGGAAGGAUUUCUUCGGAGAAUUACCCGGAGUCGUAGGAGUACACGGUGAACAAUGGCGAACCUUCCGCUCGAAGGUCCAGCGACCCAUCCUGCAGCCGCAGACCGUCAAGAAGUACGUGGCGCCCAUAGAAACGGUCACGGUGGACUUCAUCCGGUACAUGGAGGACGUCAGGGAUGAGAAGGGGGAUCUGCCGAUGGAUUUUGAUAAUGAUAUACACAAGUGGUCACUUGAAUGCAUAGGUCGCGUAGCGUUGGACGUAAGACUGGGAUGUCUGAGCCGGGGUCUGGGCAAGGAGUCGGAGCCACAGAGGAUCAUCGACGCGGCCAAGUACGCCCUGCGGAACGUGGCGGUGUUGGAGUUGAAGGCGCCCUACUGGCGGUACUUCCCCACGCCGCUGUGGACCAGAUACGUCAACAAUAUGAACUUCUUCGUGGAGCUUUGUUCGCGCUACAUCGACGAGGCGUUCGAGCGACUGAAGACCAAGAAGGUGACGUCGGAGAACGAGCUGUCUCUGCUGGAGCGUGUGUUGAGGAGCGAGGGAGACAAGAAGAUCGCCACCAUCAUGGCGCUGGACCUCAUCUUGGUGGGGAUCGACACGAUAUCAAUGGCGGUGUGCUCCAUCCUGUACCAGGCGGCCACACGGCCCGAGCACCAGGAGCAGGUGGCGGCCGAGAUACGGCGAGUGGUACCGGACCCGGACCAGCCGCUCACGUACGCCGACCUGGACCAGCUACAUUACACUAAAGCCUUCGUGAGGGAAGUAUUCAGAAUGUAUUCCACCGUCAUCGGUAACGGAAGAACCCUGCAAGAAGAUGACGUCAUCUGCGGGUAUCACAUACCGAAAGGAGUGCAAGUGGUGUUCCCCACCAUAGUGACGGGCAACAUGGAGCAGUUCGUGUCGGACCCUGACGUGUUCAAGCCUGAGCGCUGGCUCCAGGACUGCGGGCGCCUGCACUCGUUCGCGUCACUGCCGUAUGGGUUCGGGGCCCGCAUCUGUCUGGGCAGAAGGUUCGCCGACCUCGAGAUACAAGUGCUGCUGGCCAAGCUGCUGCGACGAUACCGGCUGGAGUACCACUACGAGCCGCUCCAGUAUGCCGUCACGUUCAUGUACGCGCCCGAUGGCCCGCUCCGACUGCGCAUGGUGCCGCGGUAGGCGCUCCACAAACUUACCAUCUUUUGCAAACUAUAUCAAAUACAUGAUGUGAAGCACAUUUCGAACAAGCCGCCACCUUGGUAAAAUUUUUACCAUAAUUUAUUAAUUAGCCUAAUCCUUAUUUGUUUAUUGAUGUGGGGUCUUGCAAAUGGCGCGUAUAUACUUGUUAAUUAUGAGGUAAACACUCUCUUAAAUAACCCGACCGUGAAAGUAGUGAGAAAAUAUUCUGAACCCGUUUAUUCAUCAAAACCUAUAAUCAAUUUAAAUCAAGAACCAGACAAAAAGUUUCAGUUGUAUUUUGUUUUCGGUUUCCAAUUCUUCAAGUGGUGAAUGUACCCAGAGACAAUUAUUGUUAUCAAGUAACAAAAGUGAGCAGGCAGCAGGCAGCGUGUCACAAUGGGACUCUCUUACUUGAAAGCUCUCAUAUUCUCGAUAUUAUCAAAUUUAUUGAGUAUCUAAGAUUCCUACAAUUUGUGUUGUUUUUACAAGAAGAGUUUUAUCUUCCGAAUGUCAUCAGUCUCAUGUUUUUAAAAUUAAAACUAAUUUUUAAAAUGGAAUAAUUUUUAAAUCCAUGAAUAUUGUAUUAAGUUAUAAAACAAACAUGAUCAAGACACCUCAUUGAAUGUUUAUUUUCUUUAUUAAUGAAGGCGAAAAUACGAAUUGUUAUUAAAAUAAUAACAUAACAUUAAAAUACAUGUAUGAAGCAUUGUUAAUUGUUUAAAUUAAUAUUUUUUAUAAUAUAGUUCGCCUUUUAAUUAGAUUAUUUUAUUUCAUCUGUUGUCCUAUUUUGUAAAUACAGUACUUAUAUUUGUAUAGAAA